UGGCAGGUUAAAUUAUAAAUACAGAAAUUCUGAAUGCCCAAUUUCAGUUCUUCUCUACCUCCAUAAAAUCUUCAACCUUUCGCAAUUUGUGCAGAUAACAGUUGCUGGAUUUAGGGUUAGGGUUUUUUGGAGCACCAAGUUUGUCGGUUCAGUAGCCACACGAUGUACGCUGAUCGGGAGGAGGCGCAGGCUAAUAGGUCAAUUAGAGAGCGCCUUGACGGCGAUUCCGCCGCCGAUUCCAGUCGCCGGAGGCCUAUCGCUGGCAAGAGACAGAGGGAAGGUGAUCAGAAAUGGGAGCAUGAUCUUUUUGAGAAAAGUGGACCUCAAAGCUCAAAUAGCAGAGUUGGAACAAAUGAUCUAAGGCUGAAGCUUCAAAGGAAGAAUAUCGAUCAACCUACAAGAGUUAUGAGGGGAUCUGUUUCUGGUGGUGGAAGGGAUCUACGUGAAAAGCUCUCGGGUACACCGUACUCUCGCCCUAUUGAGUCUCAGGCUCGACCCUUGAGGCCAAAGCCUGCACCUGAAGCGAGUAAACCUCUUAGGGAUAUUGUCAUGGCUGAAGAGCCUGAUCGACAAACAAAGAAGAUUGCUAGCACUGUAACCAGGAAAAAGACUCAACAGAAGGUUGAGACUGUGGAUAGUUUCCUUCAGUCCCUGGGUCUCGAGAAAUACUCAAUUACAUUUCAGGCGGAAGAAGUUGAUAUGGCAGCCCUAGUACACAUGGCUGAUGAAGAUCUUAAAGCCUUGGGAGUACCAAUGGGUCCAAGGAAGAAGAUUCUUCUGGCACUGGAAUCAAAAGUCUGAUAAUCGAGGGGAGUAGUCCACUUCGGACCGUUACACCACCAGGCUUAAUUUUGCGUUGUACAAGUUUUCUCAUAUAGCAUGUCUGUGGUAGACCGAAAUUAGCCUUUCAAUGAGCUUGUUGUUGUAAUUGAACACAGAUCAUUGAUUUUCGACGUACGUUAGGAUCUCAACUGGUGAAUUUGAUGCUUUAUUUGUUCAAGUUAUUUUCUUAGUCUAUGAUAUUAAUCGCGCAUUUGUAAUUUG